AUGUGUCUUGAUGAUAAACCUUAUUUUAAGCCGCAACAACGUUAUUGUGACGUUCAACAAACGAAUCCAAAACAAAAUAUUUAUAUUGGUUUUCAUCGAACUACGCCGGAAGCAGCUGUGAGUAUUGCCCAUUCAGAUUUUGCAAUUAGUACCAAACAUCAAAGUACAAUGCUCGGUCAUGGUGUAUAUUUUGCUCGAUCAAUGGAAGAUACAGAAGGUAAAGCUAAUGCUGAUGGUGCUUACAUAUGCGCUGAAAUUGAAACGGGUAGGGUUAAAGAAGUGGGUCCGGGAGCGAAAAAAGAUUCCCUUCGAGGUACUACUUAUUUAUGGGAAGAUUAUGAUACAGUCUAUUAUAAUCAUUCCAACGAUAGUCGUGAUGAAUUUUGUGUUAAAAGUGCAAGUCAAAUAUUAAGACGGGUUAUGAUGGUCACUCAAGAAUAUGAUGGAAAGGUUCGAAACUAUAGAUUAGACACAGAAUUCGAUGAUACAAUUUGCCAAUGUAUUUAGAAUCAAACAAGCAAAUAAAUAGUGUUAUAGCUAUUCGUCUUAGUCUUUUUUGUCUCAGACAACUCAUUUCAGAAUUUUUCGUCGAAGAAAAUUCGUCACAUUACAGAAAAUUUAGAGUGAACGUUCCCUCCAUCUCUUAAACUCUGUGCUUUACACAGGCAAUAACUAAAAAUAGCAAAAAUCUAUCAUCAAAAGUACUAUGUGGCUAAGGAAAACCGUCAAGACUACGAUCGAAUCAAUCAGAGCAAUCGUAGAAUAAUGUAAAGCGCUCCUCUGUGAUGUUUGUAUAAGAGAGAAAAUAUAUAAAAGCUAUCUUUUCUACUCCAUUUUAUUCAUUUUUUCUAUAGAUUACUUUUUAUUAAUUCUUAUAUAUCCCACAUCAAAGAACACAUCAACUGUGCUAAUUAAUCAUACGUAGUAUAUAUAUUCUAUUUGGUCUUAUCACUUGCUAAUAUGUAAAAGUUGUUUUGGGAGUCUUAGAUAUUAGGAAUGGUCGAUCAUGCUGUACAUUAAGAUCACCGUGAUUUUUACUCGAGGAUCUUGCUGAGAUUUCAUCUUUCCUACACUACAAUACAACAUAUCAAAAUUUAAUGUUCUUUUCUAGAGAAGCGGAUCUCGAGACGUCUACAUAUUCGGAGAAAAAGAUCCCUUCUAGUUUUUGAGAUAUGUAGCUCUCAAUAUUGGUGAUUAACGUUUAAUAAAUCAUACUUUCUUCUUUGAUGUUCAGCAGCUAGAUAAACUGUUCUUUUUGACUACCAUGACUUUCCGGAUUUCUCUUCGGGUCAUGAUAAUCAGUCAUAAUAUAUGUUCAAACUUUAGUUAUUCAGUGAAUAUACACAUUAAUUUUAUGUAGAAAAUGAAAUAAAGUCAAAAUCUCUGUACGAGGGCAACGACUUUCGAGUCAAAAAUAUGAUAAUAUUUGCAGCUGUUUUGAACUUCAUACCUUUAUUUGUUGAUAUUUCGACCUUUAACCGGUCAUUUUCAAAAACAUAAACAGGAUAACUGUACAAAUGAUGAAAACAACUACCAUCU